ACAGAUCUCGGCGCGAUCCCGGCUCCGGGCAGACCUCAGGCAGACCCCGGCCGGGCGGGCGGGCGGGCGGGGGCCGAAGGCGCCCCCGGAGGCGGGGGCAUGCGCGGCCCGCGGCAUGGCCUCGGCGGUGUUUGAGGGCACCUCGCUCGUGAACAUGUUCGUGCGCGGCUGCUGGGUGAACGGCAUCCGCAGGCUCAUCGUCAGCCGACGCGGCGACGAGGAGGAGUUCUUCGAGAUCCGCACCGAGUGGUCGGACCGUAGCGUGCUGUACCUGCACCGCAGCUUCGCGGACCUCGGCCGCCUGUGGCAGCGCCUCCGCGACGCCUUCCCCGAGGACCGGCCCGAGCUAGCGCGCGCCCCGCUGCGGCAAGGACUGGUCGCCAUAAAGGAUGCCCACGAUAUAGAGACCAGGCUCAAUGAGGUGGAAAAGUUGCUGAAGGCCAUCAUAAGCAUGCCGUGCAAAUAUUCCAGGUCAGAAGUUGUGCUCACCUUCUUUGAAAGAUCUCCUCUGGAUCAGGUGUUAAAAAAUGACAAUGUACAUAAAAUUCAACCCAGCUUUCAGAGUCCGGUGAAAAUAUCAGAAAUCAUGAGGUCCAAUGGAUUUUGCUUGGCAAAUACGGAAACCAUCGUCAUUGACCACAGUAUACCAAACGGAAAAGACCAACACCUGGGUGUGGACCCCACAGAGCGCUUGUUUGAGAAUGGUGGUGAAUUUACCUCAGAGCUGGAGGACGGCGAUGACCCAGCAGCUUAUGUCACCAACCUAUCCUAUUACCACCUGGUCCCCUUCGAGACGGACAUUUUGGACUGAGUCUCUGGUGGGUCCCCACCUCCCCCAGCCCUUGACUGCUGGUUCUGCCCCGGCUGCAGGGGCCCCUCUGCUGCCCCAGGCUGGGGUCGGGGGGUGUCUCUGUGGUGACGGUGCCCGGGAGCCCUGGGUGUCCUACCAGCGGAGCAGCAGGGCUUUCCGGAGUGAGGGCCGACCCCAAGGUCUCCCGCAAGCAGGAGCCAGGUCCCCGGGGGCCCCGCACAGCCUGCUGCUUCUCUGCUCGACGCCACCAGCCCGUCUCUGCCUGCCUGGGACUCGCUCCCCCCCCCCCCCCCC